AUGGGAAAUAGGAAUGCGAGAGAUGGAGAUGAGCAUGCUGGCAGCGCAGGGGAACUACGAGUCGUGAUUGAUCCACAUGAUGGAGUGCCAACCGCUGCUGGCGCCAGUGCGGAUCAGAGACAAAGUGAGUUGGAGGCAGAGAUAAAACAAGAGGCACGGUUCUUCGAACGACGACACCUUGAGCAGCCACAGGCUCAGACCGCCCGCGUUGUGGCAGAGCAGGCCUGGGAGAUUGCCGAGCUGCAGGCCAUCAAAUGCAGCCUCCAGCGAGAAGUCGAGCGCGAGCAAGGGAGAUUGGAAGAAUUGAAGUUGAUUCGUCGUCGUUGUCGGGUUGAGGAGGAAAUUGCCGCGCCCCGAAGAGUUAGGGAUACGACACCAGCUGCGCCGGCCCCAGCCCCAAGUCCACGAGUCGAGCAUCGUUCUCCGCCGAAGGUGCAUUUUGUUAGAAUGGCUCGUGCUAGCUACGAACGCCUUCGGCUAGCAGCCGACGGCGAGCAUCGACCGCUCGAAUUGCGUCCCCGCGGAGGCAACCGACAGCGUGACGCCGUGCAAGGAGAUCGUGGUCGACCAGGGUCUGCUCCCGUCAGGAUUGUUAUCAACAACUGGUUCAGAUGUCCCUGA